AAAUAAAAAAAAUAAUGCACAGCUAGGAUAUAAUGUUAUGCUUUUUAGAUUCAUCUAAUUUUUUAAAUAGAGAAUAAAAAUGUAUUUAUUAUGAGAUACUUUAACCUUCCUUAAAUUGAUUUCAAUGAAAUAACAAAAGGCUUCAACAGCUUUAAUACGUCAGUUUGUUGUUACACGAGUUAUACUCAUACAUUUUGAUACACUAUUUCAUUCACUUUAAUCAGUAAAAUUAAUAUUCAUUUAAUUUAAUAAUUGUAAUUACUAGUUUUUAGUUAUAAUGGAUCCAUUUAGAAGGUCAAGUGUUAUUCCAAAUAAAGAUGAAUAUUUGGAUAAUGCUCAAACAUUUAAUCGAACUUCAAAAAUAUUUGAAGAAUUUCUACAUAGUUUUGAACAGUAUGAUAAGGAAGAACAGCACAAGAGACGAGAUUCAUCCUCUUUAAGUGACUGUGUUAAGGUACCUAGGAGAAGAGUAUAUGUCAAACAAAGUUAUUUUCCUGUGGACGCAUCAUUUGUAAAAGCUAAUCCAAACCAUAUUUACAUAACUGAUGUAAACGGACAUUUGUAUAUUGUUAAGUAUAAAGCAAUUAGAUGGUAAAAAAAUUGUAUAUAAAUUUAUUAAUUUUAUCAAAGAAU